AUGGUGAACUUCCUGCAGCGCGUCGUGCACAACGAUGCUAUGAAGUCGGACCCGACCGAGAUCUACGGCUGGCGCGUCUACAUGCUGGCCUGCUCCGCUUGCUUCGGCGGCAUGCUGUUCGGCAUGGACAUUGGCAUCAUUGGCGGCGUGCUCGAGCUACCCGCCUUCAAGGACGAGUACGGCCUCUCCCAUCUCGACAAGACUGGACUCGCCGACUUGUCGGCAAACAUUGUCUCGACCCUCCAAGCCGGUUGUUUCGCCGCCUGUUUCAUCACCUCCUGGCUCGCCGACAAGUUCGGUCGCCGCGCUGCCUUGUUGCUGGCAGCCGUUGUCGCCAUCGUCGGCUGCAUUAUGCAGGCUGCUGGUGAAGGCCACUUGGCUGUCAUGUAUAUCGGAAGAUUUAUUGCUGGUCUAGGUGUCGGCGCUGCGUCUAUGGUUGUCCCCCUUUACAUUUCCGAGAACGCACCUCGCGCCAUUCGCGGUGGUCUUACUGGCAUCUAUCAACUUUUCAUCACCACCGGUACUAUGCUGGCCUUCUGGACCAACUACGGCUCUAUCAAGCACUUGCACGGCGACACCACCUUCAUUGUUCCGCUCGCUGCUCAGGCUAUCCCUGCAGUCUUGCUUCUCGUCUCCAUGUAUUUCUGCAACGAGUCGCCCCGUUUCCUCGCCAAGCAGGACCGCUGGGAGGAGGCUACCGCCAUCUUGGUCCGCAUCCGCCAGCUGCCCGCCUCUCACCCUUACGUGCAGAGCGAACUCACCGAGAUCGCCGAGCAACUUGAGCACGAGCGCCGCCUCAUCGGUGGAGCUUCGCUCAAGGACUUGCAGAAGGAGAUGUGGCUCAUUCCCGGCAACCGCAAGCGCGCCCUGCUCACCGUCGGCCUGAUGGUCUGCCAGCAGAUGACCGGUACCAAUGCCAUCAACUACUACGCCCCCCAAAUCUUCCGCUCCCUCGGCAUCCCCUCCGCCGAAACCGGCCUCUUCGCCACAGGCAUCUACGGCAUCGUCAAGAUGGUCACCUGCGCGUGCUUCCUCCUCUUCGUUGCCGACUCCCUCGGGCGUCGUCGCUCCCUCCUGUGGACGUCGAUCGCGCAGGGCGCGUGCAUGUACUACAUCGGCAUCUACGUGCGCGUCGCGCCGCCGAAAGAAGGCGCCGCCGUGCCGCCGGCCGGCUACUUCGCGCUCGUCUGCAUCUUCCUCUUCGCCGGCUUCUUCCAGUUCGGCUGGGGUCCCGUGUGCUGGAUUUACAUCUCCGAGAUCCCGACCGCGCGCCUGCGCUCGACGAAUGUGGCCUUGGGGGCGGCGACGCAGUGGCUGUUUAACUUUGUUGUGGCGCGCGCGACGCCGAAUAUGUUGGCGACGAUGGGGAAGGGGGGUUAUGGCUGCUUCUUCACCUACGGCACCUUCUGCUUCUCCAUGUUCGUCUUCGUCUGGUUCCUCGUCCCCGAGACCAAGGGCCUGUCGCUCGAGCGCAUGGACGACCUCUUUGGCGUCACCGAGCUGGUCAAGGACAUCGAAGCCCACGACCAUAGCCGCGGCUCCCCCGCGCCCCCCGCCACCACCAAUGAGAAGUCGGGCGUCGAGCAGGUUGAGAUCGCGCCUGUGUCAUCUGAGGCGCGCCAGCAUUAG